GCACCCAAGCUGCUAACAUCGGAGACCCUCAAAGCUGGGGUGCUAUCCUCUAUGGCACAGAAAAUCAAGGUCGCUAAAGGCAACAUUGCGUUGCCGCCCUUCAGCAAUCUUCGCGGUGAUGCGGACGUCAUAUUGCGGACCUCGGAUAAAAACGACUUCUACGUCCACAAGUCGAUUUUAGGCAUCGCGUCUUCAGUAUUCAUAGACAUGUACGCAGUCCAAGCCCCUGUACCUCAGCCAACGACUGCCGAUACCAAGCACCGUGGAGGGUCCAUAGGCCACGCGAACCCGGUGUUGCCCGUCAUCACGGUCGAUGAAGACAGCCAGACCAUCAACCACCUAUUACGCGUCAUAUACCCUGUUCAUCCUCCCGACAUCGCCAACGCGUUGGCCGUCGUCCCGAUCUUACAGGCAGCACAGAAGUAUAAACUCUCCCCAGUCACCCUCGCUGUGGAGAAGGCGCUUACAUCUCUGUCACAUGCAAAGCGAGGUUCUGAGCACUUACGCUGUGGCGUGUCGCUUCCAUCUCUACAAAGCAAAAGAGGUGGCGAGUGUUGCAUUUAGUGCCAGCCUGCCGACAAGAGCCGAAGACGGAAGUGGCAUUUACUGGCGUCGCAUCCAUCGCAUCGAUGAAUUCGUCCCUGCGAUGCUGACGAUACCUGCCCGGGCAUACUACAAUAUACUCGUGAGGUACCAGGCAUCGAAAACAGGAUGCGACGCAGAGCAAGGCUUCUCGGUCUUCAUGUCGUUCAUAAUGUCAAUGGACCAUCCUCCACAGCCUUCCCCAGUCGACCAGCGUCCACAGUGUCCACAGCCUUCUCCGAUAUUCGCCCCACUUCCACCGCCGCCCUUCGACCACCGCGCCCCUCGCACAUUCACUCCUGAUCACCGCCUUAUACCCACCCAGGGUACCAAUGGCCAAGAAAUAUGCCUAAUACGAUCUGUAGACGGCACCGACUUCCACUUGAACGCCUACAUCAUCUCCUUUGCAUCCCCUGUAAUUGCCGACAUGCUGACCGCAGCGACUGCGUCGAGUAACUCGGACGGUGGGCAAGCAGUCGCUGGCACCGCCGGUCUGCGCCGCGUUGAUCUACCGGAAUGGAGUGAUACUCUGUCCGAUUUACUCCAGUUAUGCCACCCUUUGCCGAACCCGGAGGUGAAGACGUUCAGACUGCGCACUCUCCUGCACGCUGCACUGAAAUACAAGGUCCAACAUGCCAUCGCAUUCGUCAAAGAAGUCUACGUACAGAUGGCAGAGCAAAAGCCACUCCACGUCUACUUUAUUGCAACGAGUCAUGACUGGCAGGACGUCGUUAAGCUGGCCGCCAUAUACUCCGUCUACGGGACGGUAUGGCCGAAGAUGGACGAGCUGUACGGAGAGAUAGGCACAUUGCUGGACGAAUUGCCUGCGUCGGCAUAUCGCCGUUUGCUGGUCUAUUGUCAAAAAUGCCGCAACCUCAUACUUGCCUCUCGCGCAUCAUCGCCGAAGGGAGCGGAGGCGCCAUAUUGGAGCGAUGUCGAGGGGACCCAAUGGGCGAGCGACGAGGAGUCCAAAGUCUGGCGGGCUCUUCACACAAAAGCCUUCGAAAAGGCAAUGUCGGGACAAGCUGAGGCCAACGUGGACGCUGAAGAAGUAGAUCUUACUGCCUUGCCAACAGGCAAGGAUCCCCGUGACGGCGCGACGGUGACCAGGAGCGGGAACACCACUGUGAGGUGCAGCCACCGAGAGAUCAUGCACGUAGUAGAGAAACUGAUGAAGGUCCGCUGUGAACGCGCCUUCGCAUGCUCGGAUAGGGCGAUCGGGGACGAGUUAGCCGGAAGGCUCGAGGACGUGUUGACUGCUAGCGGGGUCAGCGACCUCUCCAUAUCUGCUCCACCAAAUUUUAUACGACACCCGACUCGUGUGCUGAUUGCAUUCAUGUUACAGGAUGAGCUAGCUUCGCCGACGGUUCAAUUGAUCAACUUCACUUGCAUGCACAAUCGUCUGCGAGUAUUUGAUCAGCAGCAGAGAAUCAACCUUCAUCCCAAGAUUGUAUGAGCAGUCCUGGGUCGACGACUCUUGAGGAACGCAUGGUAUGAGUUCCCCUUCCGUACUUUUGGAACUCGACUCCUGCC